UCGGACGGCGUGGGAGGGGCCGGGGGCGGGCUGCCCGGCACCGGCCCGGCGGCUGGAGCAGUGUUGCGUCGUGUCCUGGUGACAAGCAAGGCACGCCCCUUUUAUGUCCCCGAAGCCCUGAGCCGGACUUCUCGGUGCCUUUCGCCGUUUCGCGCUCGCCGGAGAGCCCCGCCCCUUCCGCGGAACUGCGCCACCCAGAGCCCGCCGUGCGCUCCGGGCCCGCCUCUUACGGAAGCCGAGGCGGGCGGUCAGAAUCCGGAAGAAAAACAAGCGGGCGCGAGUUCGGAGUCCGAACCCUGCCGCCGAGGGGCUGCUAGACUCGGGUCAGCUGGGGCGGGGAGACGCGAGGCUGCCGGGACGCUGCGUGAGGACGAUGGCGGCCGUGAGCCCACGGAAUCCGACCGAGCCGAGAGGCAAGAAGCUCAGUAUACAUGUUGUGACAUGGAACGUGGCCUCAGCAGCACCCCCUCUAGACCUCAAUGACCUGCUCCAGCUGAACAACCAGAACCUGAAUCUGGACAUAUAUGUCAUUGGUUUGCAGGAAAUGAACUCUGGGAUCAUAAGCCUCCUUUCCAACACUGCCUUUGAAGACCCAUGGAGCAGUUUCUUCAUGGAUGUGCUUUCCCCUCUGAGCUUCAUCAAGGUCUCCUAUGUCCGUAUGCAAGGGCUCCUCUUACUGGUCUUUGCCAAGUACCAGCAUUUGCCCUAUAUCCAGAUCCUCUACACGAAAUCCACCCCCACUGGCCUCUUCGGGUACUGGGGGAACAAAGGCGGAGUCAACAUCUGCCUGAAGCUCUAUGGCUACUAUAUCAGCAUCAUCAACUGCCACCUGCCUCCUCACUUGUCCAACAAUGACCAGCGACUGGAUCACUUUGACCGGAUUCUGGAGAUGCAGAAUUUUGAGAGAUGUGAUAUCCCCAACAUCCUGGACCAUGACCUCAUUCUCUGGUUUGGAGACAUGAACUUUCGGAUCGAGGACUUUGGAUUGCACUUUGUUCGGGAAUCCAUAAAAAAUCGGUGCUACAGUGUCCUGUGGGAGAAGGAUCAGCUCAGCAUUGCCAAGAGAUACGACCCGCUGCUCCGAGAGUUCCAGGAAGGACCCCUGCUCUUCCCACCCACCUACAAGUUUGAUCGGCACUCCAACAACUAUGACACCAGUGAGAAGAAACGUAAACCUGCAUGGACCGACCGCAUCCUGUGGAGGUUGAAGCGGCAGUCCCAGGCUGGCCCCUUCACCCCCAAACUACCACCCCCCCACUUCUGCCUGUCUCUGAGGAGCUACGUCAGCCACAUGAUGUACAGCAUCAGUGAUCACAAGCCUGUCACUGGCACCUUUGACUUGGAGCUGAAGCCAUUGGUGUCUGCCCCAAUGGUCACCCUGAUGUCUGAGGACCUGUGGACCAUGGAGAAUGACAUGUUGAUCAGCUACUCCACAACCCCAGGCUUUCCCUGCAGCUCCUGGGACUGGAUUGGACUGUACAAGGUGGGACUGCGCCACAUUAACGACUACGUGUCCUAUGCCUGGGUCGGGGACAACCAGGUCUCCUUCAGCAACAACCUGAACCAGGUGUACAUCGACAUCAAGGAUGUCCCUGAGACGAAGGAUCAGUUUCUUCUCUGUUACUACAGCAACAAUCUGAACUCUGUGGUGGGGAUAAGCAAACCCUUCCAGAUUCCACUUCGCUGCUUUUUGAGGGAGGACCCACUGGGUGAAGCUCAACCACGAAUCUGAGCCAGGAUGGGAGUGAACCCAGGGCAGAGGCCACAGCUGGCGGCCAGCUCUGCCUUACUGCUGCCAGGAGUGCUGGGGGCCUAGCCCCGCCCCCUAAGGAGGCAGCCAAGUAUCUUCCAGCACCCACCUCCCAGACUGCGUUCUAGCCAGACUCCCUUACUCUGUCCAGUCCAGGUCUCUGGAAUUGGCCACUUCAGUACAUGUUUUAGUUGCUGAGAUGUUUAGUGAACCAGCUAGUUUGUCCACUCUGAAGAUGGAGAAAAUUCACCAGAUGUGGAAAGGACCCUGUAGACUCCAUCUCGUUUGAUUUCCCCCAGCAUACUGCCAGUCCUGCCCAAGCAGUCCGACCAGGCACGUGCCCCAUCUGGCACAGGCCUGCAUUCUUGUCACGCCAUCUUGGGCCUCAGAGUGCCUGGGAGGGAGGCAGAAUAUGCACGUUUGUCAGGCUGCAUGUACUGGCUGGCAUAAGCACCACUGGUUUCCAGGGAGUCUCAGCCUCUCGUAGCUGGACCCCAGGAGGGAUGAGCAGAGGGUCUGGACUCCCUGCUCUUAAGUAGCAGUUGCGAGUAGGUCAGUGAGGGUUCUUCUCCCUACCAUGUGCAUGGAAUCUGACCCAGGAAGUUUCUGGGCCUGAGCCAAGAGAAUUGGAAAGGCCCCAGUUUAGCUGCUGCUGGGGGUCAGAUCCCGGGCCUCCAGCCUGCCCUCUUAGGAAUGGCUGAGAGGAGACUUUUUACAGGAUGGGCCUUGCCAGAUGGAGUUCAUCGGCCCCACCAUCAGGAGCCAUUGACCAGGCACUGCUCCUCUCUGGACCCUCUGGGACUUAGAAGUAGGGCAGGGGGAGAGCAGGAUGAAGACAUUUGGAGUUUCUGGGCCUGCGGGUCUUCGAAGGGCAUCUCCUAAGUGCUUUAUGGACAUGGCCUGUGCCUGCUCCUGCCAUUUGCAUCUUGCCGGGGGGGGCUCUAGUCGCUCUAUGGUCCAUAGUCUACCCUGGGAGCCAUGUGUACCAAGUGAUCCCGCUGGCAACCAUGGCUGGCUGUGUUUGUGUCUGUUACAUUGCGGGAUAAUUAGAAGCUUAGCUUUUAUGCUUGUGUGUGACUUCUUGAUGAUGGGGACCGAGGGGUCCGGGAACAAGAGCCUUGUAGAUCCAGACUAGACUUUCUGCAUCAGAGAUUGGCAGAUAGGACCUUGAUGGGCCAGGGAUGAGCUGGGGUGGUGACCCUCUAGGUCUCUGGCCCAGUUGGGGUUUGCCUUCUGUGCUGUUGCGUGCUUACUCUGUUGCUAAGGAGAAUGGGUUUCUAGGAACUAGCAACUCAGAAAAGGUGCUUACUGUGCUCUUACUGGGUCAUCCCUCCUCAUACCCUACGCUCGAACCUUGUUUCUUGGUCCAGCUGUCCAGAAUGCCAUCUCUGCUCAGCUGCUCCAGAGCCCUCCUCCUGAGUUUCCCCUGGUGGUCUGUCCUGCCCCCAACAAACACAUUUCGGAAGCUCUGAACCCCUUAUCCUCUCACUUUGUUCCUUCCCACAUGCUCAGCCAUCUUGGGUGCUGCCGCUCAGAACCCAUCUUUUGGCGUUGGGGAAACCGAGGCUCAGAGGAGGAGUAUGAUCCCCUACAGUCAGGUGUGGUGUCAUGCAGGACCAGAAAUAUAGGAUUGGAGUCUGGAGACUUGGUUGAAAUCAGAGUUCUAGCCUCCUGACCCCACAUAGGAAUCUCAGUUGUCUGUACAAUACGAAUGAUGUACCUCUCCACAAGAUUAUUGUUAGGACAAUUGCAAUAAAAUAAAAUGGAAGUACUGUACCUA